AUGGCCGACAAGGAAGCCAAUAUCUACAUCGUGGAUGUAGGUGCAUCUACUGCCGAAUGCCACAACGGGCGGAUAGAGAGUGACCUCGAGUAUGGCAUGAAAUAUGUCUGGGAGAAGAUCGGACUCGCGUUGCAGGCAAACAGGAAAGGACUGGGCUUGGGUGUUAUAGCUCUCCGUCAUGAUGAGACAAAAGUCGAUCUGGAGGAUGUAGAAGGCUACGAGAACAUUGCUGUGCUGAAAGACCUUGGACCAAUCGAGAUGAGCCAUCUCAAGGAUCUUCAGAAGAAAAUUGUACCUAGCUCCACCGAUUUUGGCGAUGCAUUGUCAGCGAUGAUUCUUGCAGUACAUAUGAUCGAAAACUUUACGCAAUUGAAGACAGGCAAACCGGGGAAAUACAAGCAAAAGAGGGUUGUUCUUGUUACAAAUGGUCAAGGACCUAUGGAUGGAAAUGACCUCGAUAGCCUCGCCGAGAAGGUGAACGAACUUGAGAUUGAACUUAUUGUUGUGGGAAUUGAUUUUGACGACUUGGAAUACGGCUUCAAAGAAGAGGAUAAGCCGUCAAAUAAGAGACGCAAUGAGAAGGUUCUCAAGGUGUUGGUCGAAAGUUGUAAAGGCGGCAAAUUUGCUACGAUGGCAGAAGUACUUGAGAGCUUUGCGGAACCCGAAGUAAAGGUUCCCCGGCCAUAUUGCAAUUAUCGUGGUAGACUCUCUCUUGGAGACUAUAACAAGUAUGCCGACACCGCUGCAUACAUCGAUGUCGUAAGAUAUUUCAAGACACACCAAGCGAGACCUCCCGGCGCAAGCAGCUUCGUUAAUAAGACGUCAGUCAGUAAUGGAGAAGCAAGCGGUCAGGACACUGAAAUGACAGAUGCACCGGACCUCUCUGCGGUCAAAAAUUCCACAACAUACAAGAUUUUUGACCCGUCUGCGCCUGGUGGAAAGAGGGAUAUCAACCGUGAGGAGCUUUCUAAAGCCUAUUGCUAUGGGAGUACUGCGGUUCCCAUCAGCGCAUCUGAAGAAAAUGUUACAAAACUCGAGACAGUACAAAGUUUUGAGAUCAUUGGAUUCAUUCAUAACGAUAAGUAUGACCGAUAUCUCAAUAUGGGGGAAUGCAACAUUACUGUUGCUCAGAAUGUAAAUGACAAGGCUAAAAUGGCCCUCUCAUCUCUUAUCCACGCCCUCCACGAGUUAGAUUCUUACGCAGUUGCCAGAAUCGUGACUAAAGAUGGAAAGGAUCCUCAACUCCUUGUGAUGGCACCUUCCUUCGAAAAUGGCGUGGAGGCUUUGCUCGAUGUACCACUUCCAUUUGCUGAAGAUGUGCGCACUCACAGUUUCCCGCCUUUGGAUCGUGUCAUUACUAUUUCUGGAGCAACAAUGAAGAAGCAUAGAAACCUACCCAAUGAGGAUUUAGUCAAGUCUAUGAGCGACUAUGUAGACUCUAUGGACCUUUCUACAUUUGGCACUGAUGAAAAUGGCCAGCCUACAGAAUACAUGACCAUCGAGGAGACCUAUAUGCCAGGACUUCAUCGAAUCAACCAGGCAAUACGUACACGCGCAGUCCAACCAGACAAGCCGAUUGAAGACCCGCCUGAGGUCUUGGUAAAGUGGUCACACCCUCCUUCUGAAUUGGCCAAAAAAUCAGCCCCGAAACUACAGAAGCUCGUCGAAGCAGCAGAUGUCAAGAAAGUUGCAGAUAAAGUCCGAGGCAAGCGUACCCGCGACCAAAUCAAACCCCUCUCCGGCCUGGACGUCAACUCUCUUCUCAACAGCCAAAAGCCGCGCGCUGCCCGGAAAAUUACCAUGGCGAACUCGAUCCCAGAUUUCAAACAACUGCUAGAAGCCACGGUCUCGAGCAGCGAAAUCCUCGAGCUCGUAACGCAGAUGGCUGAGGUCAUCUACAAGAUGGUAGCCAACACCCUAACAGACGGCUCCUUCGACAUAGUGACGGCGAAUAUGAGGGUCCUGAGAAGCCAGAUGAUGGAUUUGGAGAUGCCCGAGAUCUACAACGAUUUCAUCCGUGCUUUCAAGCAGAAGCUGAUCGCGGGUGAGCUGUUUGAGAACAAUUUUGCUUCGAAUGAGAGGGAGUUGUGGUUCCGGGUUAAGAGCAAGAGGUUGGGCUUGAUUGAUAAAGAGGUGUCUGAGCACUCUGAUAUUUCGAAGGAAGAGGCUGCACAAUUUUACGUGUUGAGCACGGAAUUGCCAUCUCGUGCUAAAUGA